CUUAUGAAGCCCAGACUGUGACAACGCGACCUAGCUGUGUUGUCAAAACAUAGGCUAUAGUCCAUAGUAUGGUGACUCUGAGGUCUCCAUCAAUAAUUAAGUACAAAACUCGCAGCCGUCCUUUGUACAGCGUUGGGCUGAUAACAUAGUUUGGGUACAUCUUUAGAACAACAGCAUGAGUUUGCAAUAGAGAUCCUAUCCACAGCCUGACUGCCCGCCACGCCGUGCCAGUGCCGAGGAAUGGACAGCGUGCCUGGCACAGGUGAAACUAUGGUCGAAAGUGAUGGUCAGUCGGAGCGAGAUAACGGUAGUAGUGCAUCGAUGGCUGCAUUACAGCAGUGCAAACUCAUCCAGAAGAUGAUCGAAAUCUCCAUCUAUAGCUUACAAGGACUCAGGACGAAAUGCGCUGCAUCUAACGACCUCACACAACAAGAGAUACGCACUUUAGAGGUGAAGCUGGUGAACUACAUCAGCAGGCAGCUCCGAUGCAAGCAGCGCGUUCCAGAGUGCGAGAGGAGCCCGGCGCUGGACAACUACCCGCGCCUGGGGGACUGGCUUCGCACCAUCAACCUGAAACCAGAGAUCAUUCAGACAGUUCCUGUGACGCUGUCUCUGGAUGCGUUGCUGCAGAUGUCUACCUGUCAGGUGCACGAUACCAUGAAGAGGCUGGGCUCCAGCGCCGACGAGUGCUCCCACAUCACUGCUGCCCUCUCCUGUCUGAAAAGCACUACUGAACGAGGAGAAGAGUUGAGAGAGGACGGAAUUCCGUGGAUCUCAGAACCCACUCGGCAGGACGGCGGCUCCCCGACUCCCUCAGAGCAGGUCCUGUGCCCCCCCGCGGGGCCCAAUGUAGCCCUCACGCCUCACAGUGCGGCGCCUGGCGCCGUCAGCCCGUGCACCCCCACCCUCACCAUGACCCCCUGCCCCCCGCCCAGCGGACACGCCCGCUCCGUCUCGGUGUCGGCCGUGCCCCUGUGUGACGGGCAGGACGGGCAGGGGGACUAUUUCCCCUUCUCACGCAUGGGCCGCAUCCACAGCAGCGCCGCCACGCCGCCCAUCACGCCGCCCUCCAAGAGGAGGUGCCAGCUGAAGACCCCGCACACUCCCCCGCCCCCCUCACGCAACCGGCUGGCCCAGCUCCUGCCCAACAUCACCCUGACCCGCAGCAAGAGCCACGAGUCCCAGCUGGCCAACCGCAUCGAGGAGCCCACUAGCAAGAGCGGCAAGAAGAGCAAGUUGCCCCUCAACAUGCAGCUCAAUGGCGGCGGCGGAGGGCUGGAGGAGUCCCAGUCUCGCUCCCCACUGCUGCCCGUACACAGCCCCUACAUCCUGCCAGGAACCCCGGGGCACUUGGAGGACGCGGUCCUCAAAAAUACUUUGCUGAUACACCGGAGCUCCCCACAGACUGUUCGGAGGGAUUUUGGCCUUCCAGUCACACACAGGUUCUCAACCAAGUCCUGGCUGUCACAAGUGUGUCAGGUGUGUCAGAAGAACAUGAUGUUUGGCGUGAAAUGUAAACACUGCAAGUUAAAAUGUCACAACAAAUGCACAAAGGAGGCCCCGCCAUGUCACCUGCCUUUCCUUCCGUUUUCAAAGAUCAGAAGAACGGAGUCGGUUCCAUCGGACAUCAACAAUCAAAUUGAUAGGACAGUUGAGAUCCCCCUAUUUGGCACUUUACCGAAGGCAAUAACAAAAAAGGACCACCCUCCUGUGCUGAACCAGCAGCUGGACUCCAGCAGCAACCCCUCCUCCACCACGUCCUCCACCCCUUCCUCUCCAGCCAACUUCCAGAACCCCCACAACGCUACGCCGCCCCCCAACCCUUCGCCCAAAGGCCAUCGUGAUGGAAGGUUCCACUUCCCGGCUGCCUGCUACUUUCAGCAUAGACAACAGUUUAUCUUCCCUGAUGUGCCCAACGCGUCCUGCCCGGAGAGCUACCACAACACUGGAGAGCCGGAGCAGAGUGAGAUGAGGCACGACCCGCAGCAGCAGCAGAGGCCCGCGCCGGGAGAGCAUGACAAGGCAGGUGAUUAUGACGAACAGGAGGAGGAAGAGGAGCACGGGGGCCCCGCGAGGAAGACGGACAAGUGUGGCAGCGGCUCGGACGGCGAGCCCGACGGGGACGAGCUGGAUGACCUGCCCAGCUGUCGCGGAGGGAGCAACUGGCGAGGGCCCAUCUCCCGCAAGGCCAGCCAGACCAGCGUCUACCUGCAGGAGUGGGACAUCCCCUUCGAACAGCUGGAGCUCGGGGAGCUGAUCGGGAAGGGCCGCUGGGGCAAGGUGCACCGUGGACGCUGGCAUGGAGAGGUGGCAGUCCGUCUGCUGGAGAUUGACGGCAACAACCAAGAUCACCUGAAGCUGUUCAAGAAGGAGGUGAUGAACUACCGACAGACCCGGCAUGAGAACGUGGUUCUGUUCAUGGGCGCCUGUAUGAACCCACCGCAGCUGGCCAUCAUCACCAGUUUUUGUAAGGGCCGGACACUCUACUCAGUGGUCAGAGAGUCCAAAAGUAUGCUGGACAUUAACAAGACCAGGCAAAUAGCACAAGAGAUUGUAAAGGGAAUGGGCUAUCUUCAUGCAAAAGGAAUCGUGCACAAAGAUCUGAAAUCCAAGAAUGUUUUUUAUGACUCAAACAAGGUGGUCAUCACAGAUUUUGGCUUGUUUGGGAUGUCCGGAGUUGUGCAGGAAGGACGGCGUGAGGAUCAGCUGAAGCUGCCGCACGGCUGGAUCUGUUACCUGGCUCCAGAGAUCGUGCGCAGGAUGGGCCCGGGGGUCAAUGAGGACUGCCUUCCUUUCUCCAGAGCUGCUGAUGUCUACGCUUUUGGCACCAUCUGGUACGAGCUGCAGGCCCAGGACUGGCCCAUCACACGGCAGCCCGCUGAGGCCACCAUCUGGCAGGUGGGCAGUGGAGAGGGCAUCAAGAAGGUCCUGGCAGAAGUCAGUCUGGGCAAGGAGAUCAACGACAUCCUCUCGGCCUGUUGGUCAUACUGCUUGGAACUGAGGCCAACGUUCUCCCAGAUCACAGACAUGCUUGAGAAACUGCCCAAACUCAACCGCAGGCUCUCCCACCCCGGACACUUCUGGAAGUCCGCUGAGUCAUGGCAUCACCAUUGUCUGCGUGAGCAUUGUAGUAAAGGUCUCCGGUCUCGAUGCCCUUACAAUUGACCCCCAUCUAGUGCACACAGUUGAUUCUGUCAGAGGUAAACUAGUUUCAGCACCUGAUGUACUUAGUACUUGCUAUGUUUACAAACUCAAGAACUUGACCUGAAAUUGACCCUCCGAUUCACUAUCCCCUUUUUUGGACCUCUUUGAAAAAAGUGUGAAAGAUUUUCUUUAUGUGACUAAGACAUGGUGAUAUACCAUAUGUUUCUAUAUCGUGUGUGCCUUUAUGAUGGACAAGUGAUGGUGUGACUCUGAUCAUUUCAACAUGUAGCGCCUCUUUGCCUUUUGUGUCUAUCUAGCCAUUGACUGCCUUAACUUGAUCCUGAGUCUUCUGUCUUCUUUCUCUUAAGUUAUAAAAAUGCAUAGCAGGUAGGAGCUGAGUAAACCAAAACCUGGCAUUCUCAACCUGCAUCGCAUGCCUCUGAAACGCUUGAAUUCUCUUAGUAAAACCAACUUACUUUAGGGAGAAUACUUCCCAUGACCCAUGGUGUGAUGUUUCACUCUAACAAUAACACGGACACAUGCAAAUGAGUGAUUGAAAUACAUUUAAUGGAGCUAUUUUGAAGUAAAAGUGGAAACAAAAUGAGGGAUUGACAUCACCAUUUCUCCUUUAUUUCUACCUUGAUUUGGUUUGUGAGUCUGCAGCCCACUUGAGUAUCUGCUGCUGUGUGUGAGGGCUUGCGGUUUCCUGUUUGUAUUAGGGGCUUUCUGUUUCUGUUGCUCAUCUGGGUUUUUGUACCGUUCAAAACCACAAUUGAGUCUUGUGUUCACUCAUGAGCUCCCAUCCAUGCCCACUUUAUGUACUUUGUCUAUUCUGCCUUUUCCUGACCAGAACAACAUACAUCUGAUCAUGUGCCUAGCUCUCCACACAGGCAGAAUAACUUGAGCUCAACAGAAUCAAGUACCUGUACACUAUAAAAUGUGAAUACUAUAAUGGUGAGGAAGAAAGGUUAAUGAAAGUUGUGCUGCACAAACUACAUGUUGCAAAUUUAAUAAGUGGUUUCCUCACCCUGAAUGCUACACACAAAUCUAAAUGCAAAUCUAAUCAAUACAGAUCUCUCUAGGAGGUUCAGUAACACAUAUACCCUGUAGUUUGGUUGUCGUUAUAUGAAAAUUGUAGAGCCAAACCUCAUUUCACCAUCAGAACAUGUUUCAGUUCUUCUGUUGUAGGCCACCAGAAAACCUGCUUGGAUUGCACAUAUUCCUUUGUCAUCCAAAAUUAGUCGUUUGGGAGCUGUCAUGUUGGGAAAUUGGAGGGUGCAGUUAAUGUUUGAACAAACAAGGCAAAUCUUUAGUACCCUUUGAAACAUACCUCUCUUGUGCAAUCUUAAGUGUGUCUGUGCACUUAUUUGUAUGAUUUGGUAUACAAAAAAUGUGAGUGUAUAUGUGCAUGUUUGUUUUUCACUGAAUGUAUUGCACUGGGCUAGGAGUGUCCAUGACUAGAGAAACCUAGUGGAAGAUUGCUCUGAUUGAGUAUUCACAUAACUAUAGAGAACUUUUAAGAGAUUUAGAAGUACAUGGAUCAUUUUGUAUUCAAUGUGUGGCUUACAAACUGCUCUCAGUAUUUGUACAAAUGUUUUUUUAUCAGCUUUUGACAGAAAUGAGUAGGUACUAAGCUUAUGGUAAUGUACAGAUCUUUAAACAGAUUGUUUUUAUGUACAAAAUGUUGUUCAACAGGAAUUGUACAUUUUUUAAGGGUAGAAAUAUUUUAUAUGUCCUGUAAGAAUUCAUAUUUUUGUACAGUCUUUUAUCUGCUCUCUGUAAACAAAUGUUCUCAUCGAAAGACAAUAAAUCUAGCUCCAGUCA